UUAAACAUUUGAGACUACGGUUUAGACUGUGCUGCUGUAAAUUAAAUGCAAUAUUCAACUUCAAGCUGCUUUAAUCAGUACAAUCAGUUUAUUUUUUGCAUCAAUAAGGUACUUCCAUUUUGUAUUGAUUUUUGCAGCCCCUUUAGACAAAAACCGUAAAGAUUUGGCGAGUGUACGUUUGUGCUUAUGUGCUCAUUUGCUUAUGUAGAUCAUACAGAAGCAUCCAUAUUUGUUUAAUGCUAUUUUCUAACUAGUUUCAGCUGCUUGUAGCUGUAGGACCAAGUAUAUUAUUUUAUCACCAAGUUAACUGUAAUAACUAAACUAAUAACUCUAAUAAAAAAAAAUAACUAGUAAAAAUAAUAUAUCAAAGCUGUUAGCCUGACAGUUUUUUUAACCUCUUCUGCCCCCUAGUGGCCAUAAAUUUGUUAUUGGCGCUUAGUAAUGAGGGUCAUUUUAAAGAAAGGUUCAAACAAACAGGAAGUGAAGCACGUGGUGAGAAACCCCCAGCUGUAGCAGUUCAAUAUCUUUGAAGAAUCUUGUUUCUUUGUUAAACUGCAGCAAUGGAAGCAUUGAGGGGGGCCCUACACAUGGAUGAACUGGGGGAGGAGAGAGCACAGUGAGGCUGUCAUGUAAGCCAUCUCCUCUGGGGCCACCUCUCGGUGCGCACUGCUUCCUGCCUCAGGUAGAAGCCUCAGUGCUGCUCAGGCGUCAGGCUGCUCGUGCUCUUCUGCUCACCCUGCCACCGAGACGGCAACAGCAGCACUCUCAAAGCACUGAAAUGGAGAAGAGCUGUUCAGAGUGUCCAGAGCCGACACUUGCACAGAGUCUGUGUACGCUCUGCAACAAGUGGCUUUGUUACCAGUGCACAGAUUUGCAUCAGCAUCAGAGAGCUCCCACGACUUCCCAGUACACAGACUUGCACCCACAGCAGAGGCCCAGUGCCGCCCAGCGUCCUGACCUGCACCAGAGAGGCUCCAGCUCCCUGCCUCCGACUGGACAAGGCCCGGGGUCGUAUCCUUGUUCCCUCCUCAUGUGCCACUCUCAUAGACAGGAGCCCUUGGAACUGUUUUGUGAAUCAUGUGACCUUCUGUGCUGUAGCAGCUGUCACCUGUCCUCCCACAAAAACCACAGGGUGGUGCAGAUCGGCAAGGCCCUUCAGGAUCAGCAGUGGCUGUUUCAGAGCCUGAUGGUGCAGGUGGAGGAAAGGAGGUCUGCAUUGGAGAACAAUGCAAAACAGAUAGAGGACAGACUUCACGGAGUAAAGAUUGCACACAGGAAGGCAGAGAACCAGAUUAAAAUGGCAAAGAUGAUUAUGAUGAACGAGCUUAACAAACGAGCCAACCUAUUAAUAGAGCAACUGGAGAAAAUCUCAGAGGACUUCCAGCAGCGUCUGGAGGACCAGCUGCAGGGGGCAAUCGAGCUAUGUGGCCAGCUGGACCACGUUCAGAAGUUCAUCACCUGGGCUAUGACCCACCACUGCAGAGGCCCGGUCCUCUUCAGCAGGACUCUGAUUUCACUGCAGAUGCAGCAACUGGUUGAGUCGUCACUCCACUCAGACUCCUGGAGUCCUGUCAAGAUCAAAUUCGACUGGGAUGCCAGUUACUGGACAAAGCAGAUUUCCUCUUUAGGCCAGCUGACUGUUGAAGGUGGACACUGCACUUAUCCUCAGGGCUUGGCAUGCUCCAGUGUUCUCAGGCCUCAGCCCAUCACCUGCUUAGCUCUGCCUUCUGUGUGUCACAGAGGACGAGAGCCAGGCUGUGGGUACCAGGCCUGCUGUGAGCCCCAGAUGUGUUGCUUGCAUGGUAUUCCCUCUCAGCCAGAUCUGUCCAGUAUGGAGAAAAGCCAGAUAGAAGCCACUCUUUGUAACUCCAGCUGUGUUCAGCCUGCCCUUAUCUCAGCCUCCUUGCACCAGAGCCAGCAGCUCCAGAGGUGCUGGGACUCAGACAGCUCAUUGCAGUGUCCUCCCCCUUCAUCACCUGUCCAGAUUAUGGGUCCCAUCCAGCUCAACUGCAGUCGAGGAUCAACAUCUCAGCCACAAGCGGCUGCCUGUCAGCCACAGUCUGAAACAAAAUCUUAUCUCUAUCACCAACACCAGAGAGAAGUUCUUCCUGACAGCCAGACUCAGCCAAGCGCAGACCGUAGCAGGCCAGGCCCGUGUCAGGCAAAACUGUUGACCAGCGCAACUCUGCAGCGGGAUCUCAGCCACACAGCUGUAGACAGAAAUGUGAUGAGUGAAGAGAUCUGGGAGGAUAGAUACAGGGUAGAGGAGGCUUGUGGACAAACAAUGGUGGCGGCUGAAAACAGAGAGCUACUGCAUGAGGAGUUGCAGCAGCAGGACAGCAGCGAGCCGAAUCCUGUCCAACAACAGCAGCAGCUCCACCUUUGUUCUGCAGCAGAGCUGAGAAAAGAGCACCAGAGGACCAGACCUGCACUGAUGCUCAGAGACCGAGACAGAGACGGCAGGAGAUCCACAUCCCUGGAGGUGUCAGUGACAGCCCGUGAAUGUGUAUCCGAUGUGCAGAGCAGCAGGCUCAGCCCUAGUUUAGUGUGCACGAGGAGGAAUAGACGCUCCCAGAGCAUCCCAGCAGAACUGGCAGCCCCAUCCACCAGCGUUUACUCUGAAAGACCCACAGGAUGCACUCGCGGCCUCGAAGCAGUAGCUGCAAAUAAGUGUGCCAGUGUGGAUCCCAGACAGAGGAGAGCUUCAGAUGGGGUGCUUUGUGUUGUCAAAGAAACUUCACCGGACACGGCGCCCUCCAGAGGCCUCCGGUCUCCUCUAGUGUCCUAUAAGACAGAGCCAGAUCAUUCUUUUACUGUUGUAAAUGACCACGAUGCCAAAGAGAAAUACAAGGUGUCGGGAAACGGCCACAACAGUAACACAGAUGUUCAGAAGGACUCGGGAAGGCCCAGGGUUCCAGUGGUUUGCUUGGAGCGUCUUAAAAUACUUGUGUCUCAGCUCCCCCCACAUGGACGGAGGCAGAGCGACCCUUUACCCGCCAGUGGGACGGAGCGGAGUGAAACCCUCCCGCAGCAGAAAACCUGGCGUGAUGCGACAGCUCAAGGGAUACCCGGAGGCUCCGAGACCACAAGGACCACCCGCUCGCUCACUGCGCCACCAUAUGCAUAUGAGCGUCAGGACUGUAAUCAGCCUACCACGCACGCCACCGUCAGCAAGUUUGACAGUCGAGGGAGAAUCAGUGUUCAUAAAGCCUCCGUGCUGCCAUCCAUUGAUUCUAAAUAUUUGGCACAGAGUUACCCUGCACCGGAUCUGGACUCUGAUUCUGAUCCCAGGUCAGCCUCAGAAGAAGACGUAUGUGUUUCUUGGGCUGAGUCUUCCUCUGAGGCCGAGCUUGAAUGUCUGGCUGAGGAGAAAUCAGCAGGCACGGGAGAGAUGGGACUCUGCGCUGAAACUGAUAUUCCAGAGGAUUCAGAUCCAAGUCUUGAAUAUGAAGCAGACCCAGAAUCAGACGCAGGUGCAGGAUCAGAGGACGGCCAAGGGCUGGAUGCUGAUGCGGAAUCAGGCAACGCUGAAACGGAGUCAGACGUCCAGCCUGACUAUGACCCUGGUUUUCAGGCAGAGACUGAUUCUGACGCUGUAUCUGAUCAACCUCAAGACUCUCAAGGCUCUGUGGAGUCUGAGCUCGAUGUCGAAUCCGAACCUGAACUGACAACAGACGAGCCACAGCCCCUUCGCUCUGACCUGGAAGAGGAGUCCCACAUUGGUCCUGGUCAGAGGCCGCUUCUGAUUGCAAACCCUGUCACUCAAAGAGGCACAGAGGAAGUCCAGCCUGACCAGGACCAUGCGGAGAUGGAGAGUGAGGACUUCUGUGCUGUGUGUCUGAUUGGAGGGGACUUGCUGUGCUGUGACCGCUGUCCAAAAGUCUUUCAUCUGUCUUGCCAUGUCCCAUCUCUGCUAAGGUUCCCCUCAGGCGACUGGCUGUGCAGCCUGUGCAGAGAUGUUGUGCAACCAGAGGUUGUGUACGACUGUGAGAAAGACCCUGGAGAACAAACAUCGUCACAUGGACUGCCUGCUUGUGACCAGAGAAAAUGUGAGCGGCUGACUCUUCUGAUCCUCACUAACAUCCUGAGUGCUCCCUUUCACGAGCCCGUCAGUCCACUUGCUCGUCAUUAUUACCAGAUCAUUAAGAGGCCCAUGGACCUGUCCUUGAUCAGGGCCAAACUCAACAAGAGGAACAGCUGCCAGUAUAACUCACCAGACCAGUUCGUGGCAGAUGUCUAUCUCAUGUUCCGCAACUGUGCAAAGUUUAAUUAUCCUGACUCUGAGGUGGCCCAAGCAGGCCGCAGCCUCGAGGCGUUCUUCAUCUCUAAGCUGAAAGAAGUUUUCCCAGAUAGAGUUUUCCCUGCACCUGAGGCGGACUCUGAUAGCGAUGAGUACGAUGAGGCCUACAGAACCACUGAGGGUGGUUUUCCUUGGCCGGAGAGGAGGGAGCAGUGCCACAGGAAGAGGAAGAGGAGAAACUCUCUCAAAUCCAGGAGACAUCACUUCUAACCAGAUGGAGUGGAGCCAUGGACACAAAUAUGCUGUAUUUGUGUGUAAUUACACUGUUUUCUGUGAUCUGAAAGUAGCCCUUUUUUGUGGCUUGCAAUAAUUUCACAGUGCUCUCAUCCGUUGACAGCUGAACAUUAGCUGAUCACAGUUUUGCCGAUCAGAGGGGGAGUAAAAAUGACAAAAAAAAAAAAAGUCUCUGUUUCAUGAUGAGUCAGACACAAAUUGUUGGGUUGCUUCUGCAGCCUUAAAAUGAGUUAUAGUCAUGAGAUGAUGCUGCGUUUGUUACCGCAUCACAGUAUCACAUAUUUUGGCUGGUGAUGAUUUGAUCCUGAAAUGACUGACUGUAUUUACACUGAGCCCUCCUGAUGUUACAUGCUGUAUUGUAUGAUGGGAAUGCUGUAGUUGGAUGUUAAUUAAUCUCGGUUUGCAUAUUUAUUAAGUGGAUUUUUUUGUGAAUAUAGCUCUGAAUAUACACAGCACUUUGAAACUUGGAUAUUGGUGUAUUUACGAUAUUCAUAAAUACUUACAUAUUUAUACAUGUGUGACUGUAUAGAACUUUAUUUUGCUAUAUUUGUCAUUUUAAUUACUAAAUUAUUGCAGGCAAUUAUCAUAGGUUUGAUUAUGAGAUAUGAUUAUGUGUCUAUGUUUUAAAGUAGCAGUGAAUUUCAUUGCUUUUGUCUUUUUUGCUCAGAAUACAGUACUGAAUGUAAGUGACUGAGGGCACGAUAUAACCAGUGUCAACAAAGCAUUUUCAUGAUUGUUACAGGAUUUAAUGUCCAGAUCUAAGAACAUUUUAAAUUUACAUUUAACCAUAAAUUAAAUUUGUAUGACUUUAUGUAACCUUUCUGUCUCGCUAGUGUUUCAGCAAAUGUUAAAAAAAAAAUAUAUCUCAGGCUUAAUAAGAGUGUAAGGUAUAGAUCAUUCAGUAUUGGUGAUUAUAUAAGGGUCCAUGAUAUUUGUAGAGCCACACAGUUGAGAGAGAAGUUUUAUGGAACAUUUCUGUUGUAGAGUAUUUCCUGUUUUUAAAUAUUCUUUACUUGCUUCGUGCAGUUUAACAUAGAUUUUACUUGACAUUUAGAGUAAUUACUGCGCAAAGUUACUGUCUGUGCACACCUUCAUCCCUGUCAAGAUUAGUGAAUAUGCAGUAUAUGUAAUGUUGCUUCAUUUGAAAUCAAUAGAUGUAAAAUUUCCUAUUGUAUGAGGAGAGAUUGAUAAAGUAUAGUUACUGUCACUGUUUCAGGACAAUUUCUUUCUUCUUCUUUUUUUUUACUGUAACAGUCAAUGAUAAAUGCACAUAUAUUGCUAUCAAUAAAAUGCAU